CUGCAUACAUGUAAUGUUUUGUCUCGUACGCUGUCUCGUAUGUAGGUUUUAUGACAUUGUUUUCGUAAAUAAGCGGAAAGAAUCGGGUAGAAUAAUGCGACUUUGCUGUGUAUCAGCAACAACUUUGUCAUGGCUGCAACAUGAAAUUUACGUGCACAUUAGCGACACUUCGCCUCAACGAAGCUGAUCCAAAUCACAGCCGCUGUGGACUGACACCCAGUGAAAUCGCUGUAUACAGUCCAGAUCUACGCAACUAGUACUCACAUUUAAACGUGCAAACUACAUUAUACAUUAGAGGACACUCAGACUGAAGAGAGACCAUCAGUGUUUCAAUGUUGUAAAAAAAUUCUUUCAAAAUAUUGCCGUGUUUGAAAAGCGUUUACACAGUUGCACACAGCGUGAAAUGACUCACACUGGAAAUAAUCCAUCAUAUGCUGACGUUGUGAAAAGUGAUUUAAUAAGAUAAACAACUAUUUACCACAGUAAAAGACCCACCUGACGAAAAACAUGUAAUUGUGACCUACACUAGAGAACAAAAAUUCGAGUGGCAGUAUUGUGAAAGAAGUUGUAGUGAGGAAAGUACAUGUAUGUGUAUAUGGCACAUAAUGGCCCACAGUGGGAAAAAACCUUUCAAAUGCCAGUAUUGUGAAAAGAGUUUUAAAAAGAAAUGUAACUGUAUAAUACAUGAAAGGACCCACACCGGAGAAAAACCAUUCAAAUGCCAGUAUUGUGUAAAGUGUUUUAAACAGAAAAGUAAAUGUAUAAGACAUGAAUUGAUCCACACUGGAGAAAAAUCAUUCAAAUGCCAGUAUUGUGAAAAGAGUUUUAUCGUCAAAAAUAAGCGUACACAACAUGAAAGGACACAUACUGGAGAAAAACCAUUCAAAUGUCAGUAUUGUGAAAAGACUUUUACUGUCAAAGACAAGUGUGUUCACCAUGAAAAGACCCACACUGGAGUAAAGCCAUUCAAAUGCCAGUAUUGUGUAAAGAGUUUUAGUGAGAAAAGUUACUGUGAACGACAUGAAAGGAUUCACACUGGAGAAAAACCAUUUAAAUGCCAGUAUUGUGAAAUGAGUUUUAUUGUCAAAGACAAGUGUAUUCAACAUGAAAGGACUCACACUGGAGAAAAACCAUUCAAAUGCCAGUAUUGUAAAAUGUGUUUUAUUGUCAAAGACAAGUGUAUUCAACAUGAAAGGACUCACACUGGAGAAAAACCAUUCAAAUGCCAGUAUUGUAUAAAGAGGUUUAGUGAGAAAAGUUACUGUAAACAACAUGAAAAGAUUCACGCUGAAGAAAAGCCGUUUAAAUGCCAGUUUUGUGGAAAGUGUUUUAUUCAGAAAAGUAAAUGUAUACAACAUGAAAGAACCCACACUGGAGAAAAACCAUUCAAAUGCAAGUAUUGUGAAAAGUGUUUUAUUGUAAGAAGUAAUUGUAUAGUACACGAAAGAAGACACACAGGAGAAAGACCAUUCAAAUGCCAGUAUUGUGAAAAGAGUUUCAUUGGCAAUAAACACUGUAAACAACAUGAAAGGACCCACACUGGAGAAGAACCACUCAAAUGCAAAUAUUGUGAAAAGAGUUUUAGUGAGAAAAGAGCGUGUUUACGACACGAAUGGAUCCACACAGAAGGCCAGCUUUGUAAAAAGAGUUUCAGUGAUAAAAGUAAUUGUUUACAUAAUGAAAAAAGGAUUCAUGCUAGUUUUUCAGAUCAGUCUAUCAAGACAGAAUUUCAAGAUGAGGAUAUUUCAUCUGGGACUAGGCUUUCACUUCAGUAUGUUAAAAAGGAAUUUCAAGAUGAGGAUUUAUCACCUGGGACUAGGCUUUCACUUCAGUCUAUUAAAAAGGAAUUUCAAGAUGAGGAUAUAUCACCUGGGUCUAAGCUUUCACUUCAGUCUAUUAAAAAGGAAUUUCAAGAUGAGGAAUCAACUCUGGGGACAAUGAAACAAAACCAUUUUUAUACCGAAGCUAUAGUGAAAAAGGAGUCUAAUGAUAACAUUGCCCCAAAAGUGAGAUCUAAGAUAUAUCCUGUUGCAAUGUUUAGAAAUGUUUUUACAGAUGAUGAUGUAUGAUGUACACUUAUACAUAUAUUGUAUGCUCUUUUAUUUAAUUCUGUGCAGUGUCUUUGAAUAUUGAAUUCCUCCAAGCAUUAACUUUCUCGCUGUCCGCUAUUUGAAACUUAAUUGUGGGAUUUGAUCAAAUUCAUUGUCAAUGAUUUAGCAUGCCAACUAACUUCAUACCCAUCUUUAAAGUUACAUAUGAAAAGAUUGUAGAUUCCUGUAACAAAUAUAAGCCACCUCUAUUAGUUUCUUAUAUGACUCAAAGGCCCCAUUCAGAACAGGGGACUAACUAG